UUUUAGAUAUGUUCAUCACUGUGCAGUGAUAUUAAGAUACGCCUAUAUCAUACAACGGAAUGUUUAUCGCUGUGCAAUGAUAUUAAGAUACGCCUAUUUCAUACCACGGAGGAAUCUAUUCCUUUCAUUGAAACAGUCGACAAAUUUAAAGGAAUAUCAGGAGAAGCGUAUUGUUGGGUACACUGCAGACGAAAUGUUCAACAUUGCAGCAAAUGUAUCCGAAUAUCCCGAAUUUGUACCGUGGUGUCGAGGUGCCAGUAUCAAAAAACAUUCACCAAAUUUGUUCACAGCUCAGCUGCAGAUCGGCUUUCCACCUGUAUGUGAAACGUAUACUUCUCGAGUUUCGACCGUAAAACCAAGCAUGGUCCGGUCCGUAUGUACCGAUAAAACACUAUUCAAAACACUGGAAUCGACAUGGCAUUUCAGUCCAGGUCGAGCUAACAAUAGUCGUUCCUGUACUCUAAUCUUCAGUCUUACUUUUGAAUUCCGUUCAAUGUUUCACUCCUUCCUCGCACAUCACUUUUUCGAUCAUGUUGUGCAAACUAUGGUUAUAGCAUUCUUAAAAAGAGCUGAAACUAAAUAUGGCCCACCAUCCUUUGAUCAUUACAAAAACUUUAAAGUUCUAAAAAAUCCGAUAAUAAUGGUUAAAAAGUUCAAAAAUUUCGCACCGGCACGUGUUAUUAUGACGAUAGUAGUAAGAAUUCGCUCUUCUGAUUACUUCUUCGUAUUUCAUCUUUCGCCAAAAUUUUUUUAG